CCCUCCUUUUCAAGACCAGUAUAAAUUGCUGUUGCACUUUUAUGUUAUUUUAGGUAUCAGCGAAUGGAUGGCAGCUGUGGUACAAUGAACGUAUACUUCAUCUUGUUUCUUGGAUUUUUUGCUUUUAUAGAGGUGAACUCUAAAAGAAGUAAAGGCCUAGGUAGCUGUCCUAGUUUUAACAUUGCAACACCAUGUGUUCUGGAUUAUAAAUUUCAUUGUUUUGUACAAAAACAAUGUCCAUCGGGAUAUCGAUGUUGUUCCUAUGGUUGCAACAGAAGAUGUGUAGCAGUUAGAGUUAAUGGAAAACACUUAGGGUCUUGCCGUAAAAGUUCUGGUAGAAAGGGGAAAAAAUGUAAAAAGGAUAGCAGUUGUAAAAGACAUGAAAAGUGUUGUAAAAAAAGAUGCAGAAGAGUCAGAAAAAAAAUUGUUCCGGUUCGUCGUCCUUUCAAAAAGUAGUUCGAAUGGAUUGUUUAUUUUGAAACGAAUAUCAAUUAAUGGGAAACAUCAUUGAAAAGCAUACGUCUAUAAAUUAAUUCAAAUUGUAUAACCAGCAAAUAACUGUUUGUCAUUUGAGAAAUUAAAAUGAUUCACUUACUUUA